AUCCCCUAAAUCUGUCUCUUCAUCUUCUGGCAACUGUUAGGGUUUUUCGUCUUCUUCCCUUUAAUCACUUUCCGUUUCACAAUCUUUAUUUUCCUCUGGGAUCGAAUCAUGAGGAACUCGGUAAAACGGGAAGCGGAAGCGACAGGAGAUCGCGGCGGGAGAAGAGAAGCCGAUGAGUCGGAGAGGCUGAAGAUUGUGAAGAAGGAGAGGCAGAGCAAGAGCAGGGCUGUCUUUGUACGGCCUCAUGAGCCGCCGAUUCAGGAGGACGAACAGGGAACUGCUGAUCGGAGGGCUUUAAGAUCUCAGUACCUCUCUCUCAUUCACAAGAUUAACGAUUCUAAAGAAGAUUUGACAGCGAUUGAUUCGGAUAAGUUCAACCGUAUCAUUAACGAGGUUGAGAAUUUGCAUCAGCAAGUGCACAAGCCUAGAGAGCAAAUUGCAGAUGCUGAUGCGCUUCUGGACAUAGCGACUACUUUGGCUUCGUCUGUGAAAUCCCAAUCCGCUAGUGGCGUUUCUCCGGCUGAGUUUGUUAAUGCUUUGAUCCGUGGGUUUGGAGAGACUUCUCUAGGGAUUGAUGAUGAUGAUGAGAACACGCAAGUGUCGAUGAAGUGGAAAGACAUUGGUUUUGCUGUCUGCUCUACUGUCAUUGUUUCGUGUGGCUGUUCAACAAUGACGGGUCCUAUGGAUACUGAACUGAAACAAAGGAAAAGGGCAGUGGGAUACAGAAAACGUACGAAGCCUGGUGCAGGUGUUAAGCCAGAGGAGGUUGAUGAUACAGAAGCUGAGAAGAAAACUGAUACGGACAAUAACAUGGCAAUAAUGUUUAACAUCCUGAGGAAAAACAAACGUGGCAAGAUUGAAAACUUGGUGCUCAACAGAAUAUCAUUUGCACAGACAGUAGAGAAUCUGUUUGCGCUAUCAUUCUUGGUGAAAGAUGGACGAGUCGAGAUCAUUGUCGAUGAAACUGGUUCUCAUUUUGCCGUGCCAAGGAAUGCGCCUGCAGCAAACCUGGUGAUGUCAGGGGAAGUCGUGUACAACCAUUUCGUAUUUAGAUAUGAUUUCAAAGAUUGGAAGCUGAUGAGCGAAAUGGUGGCAGUGGGAGAAGAGCUGAUGCCACACAGGGAAACCGAAGUUGCUUCAUCUUCUUGUGACUUGGCAUCAAAACAAGAUUCUCAGACAAGACCAAUAAGUAAGCAAGGUUCGGUGACACAAGAGGAAACAGUUAUAGAAGAUUCUCCUGACAAUGGAGACAGUGGAGCUGAUGGAAGACGCCGUAAAAGCAAGCUAAGGCGACUCAAUAGUGAAGAUUGCUUGUGACUUGGGAUCAAAACAAUUGCUUGUGAAUUUGCUAAUUUUGUCUUUUUUUCUGACUAAAGUCUAUUGGGGUACAUAGCAGCGGUUAAUAUGACCUAUGGUUUAUUAGGUAGACAGAAGAGAGUAUCUAAUGGAUUCCUCGUUAGUAUUGCUAUUUUGGUUGAUGGUAGGUUUUUUGGAAUUUAAGAGAUAUUGAAUUCAAUAUUAUUUCGC